AUGGCCGUACCAGACACUGUCCCUGCGCCCAAGUCAGCACACGUCGCCGAUCCUGCACUCGUCCCUUUCCUCCAGCCCCAGUUCGACCCCGCCAACUACCUCAAUGCGACGCUCCCCGCGCUCUCGCUGUCUUCCGUUUCCUCGCGUCCGCUUAAGCAGGGCCACUCGCUCUCGCUGGCUGACCUCUCUUCGCACACCCAGGAUCUCCUCUCACAGCUCAAUGCACACACCACGCGUUUGUCUGCUAUCCUCACGCAGCUUACCGAUGACAUCCUUCGAAGCGGGGCACGCCUGGCCUACGAAGUCGAAGUCCUACGUGGAGAGACGACUGGCCUCACCGAGACACUCACGGAUGGCUUGAAAGAGGACGUUAACAAGUUCGUGCCUGGGGGCAUCAAUGCCAAAAAAGAGCGAGAUGAAGACACCGGAGCCACGGACCCAGCAUCAGAAGGCGACCAACAGUUGGGAGCGCCCGCAACCGCCCCAGACACAACGACCCCCGACUACAUCACCCAGCUUCGCGUCCUUACCCUCGUCCGCAACCGCCUCGAAACAGUCAUAAAAGUCUUUGGCGAAGCCAUGCACUGGACGCUUCCACCUUCCGAAGUCUCACUCGCCUCUUCCCUCAUCUCCGUCUCCGCACCUGAUCCUGGCACCGAUGCCUCCACCCGCGAGCAAAAAGGCAAAGAAUUUGCUGCGGCUUUGCGCACUGAAAUAUCCGAUCUAGUCAUGGGCGAUCCCGAAAGCGGACCUGAAACGGCGCAAACGAGGAUUCAGGCGCUGAAGGAUCUGGCAGCGGUAUGGAAGGGAACGGCUGAGGAGAAAGCAAGGGCAAAGUUCGUAGAAGGCUUGGUGAAGAUCGUCGAGGAUAGAAAAAAGGACCUCGACCGGGAAAAAGAGAAGCGGCAGCGGGGCGUGAAAAGCGGAAGCGUACCAAAGCUUCAAGCGCAGCCACCAGCGCCGCAGCGAAGUGGUGGCGGCUUCUUGGACAAUCUGCAAAGGAUAAGAGAGAACUACAUAUAG